AUUCAACCCCUUUCAGCUGAUCGGGAAAAGACGGGCAGAUACCUUAAAAUUGGACCCCUCUUCCUGGACGGAUGGCUUUCUAGCUAGCUAGGUUAAAUCUUCAUAUUCGAAAAAUGGCGGCGGAUAGCGUCAACCCGUUUAAUCUGAGCGAUUCUGAAAAUGAGGCAGAGCAGAGAGCCGAGGACGGGGUUGAUACCGAAAGGAGCCUUAGCGAUGGAGCGCCAGGGCUCCCGUCCAACAACCCCUUCUCCCCGCAGGCGGACGCCGAGCCCCCGGCCCUUCUGCUGUCCAGCACCCGGACCAGCCCAAGUGUGGAAGGCAUCUCGGUAGCAGCCGCAGCAAUGCCAAGCAGCUUGGCAGAGACUCGGGUAUCUGUAGAUGUGAUUGCUGCUCAGCUAAUACGCGAUCAAUACUUCCUCACCGCUCUUGAAUUUCAUACCGAAUUGUUGGAAUCAGGGAGGGAGCUUCCCCGGUUGCGGGAUUAUUUCUCCAACCCGGGCAAUUUCGAGAGGCAAAGCGGCACUCCACCAGCUUGUAAAGACCAAGGACUGGGGCCAGGUGGACCGCUAAACCGAGUGGGCAGCAUCAGCACGUUGGACUCUCUGGACUUUGCCCGUUACUCUGACGACGGGAACCGGGAGUCGGACGAGAGGGUGGCAGUGCUGGAGUUUGAGCUACGGAAAGCCAAGGAGACCAUUCAGGCUCUACGCGCCAACUUGACUCAGGCAGCAGAGAGCGACACUCGGGAGAGAAACAAGAACUACAAAUCAAAUCCUGAGAUUCAGGAACCUAUCCGCCCACUGGAGAAGCGAGCCUUACAUUUUCUUGUGAAUGAAUAUUUAUUAAAGAAUGAGUACAAACUGUCGGCCAUCACCUUCUCUGAUGAAAAUGAUGACCAGGACUUUGAGUUGUGGGACGACGUGGGCCUGAACAUUCCGAAGCCUCCCGAUCUAUUACAGAUCUACAGGAACUGUGGCUCCGCCCUUCCGUCGCCACGGGAUACAGUGGAUGUAUCCGUGGGGGUGGAGGCAGGCGAGCUCACUGGGAACUACAUUGUCCAGAAACCUGAUCUCUUGCAGCAGCAGCACACUGAGAUGGUUGAGGAGUUUGAGUAUCAGAUCAGUCUACUGAACGAGGAAAAACAGAGUCUGGCUUACCAGAUCAAGAAACUACAGAGUGAGAUCCAAAGCCUGAGAAGGACUGUGUCCCCCACUCUUCCUGACCAGGGCUCACAUCUCAACUCCCUCUCCUCCUCAUCCACACCUCUGGACAACGGUCAGUACCUGGACAUCAGGAGAGCCUCAGAACCUGACAAACCCCACACUGAGAGCAACCCCCCCACUCAGACCAUCAGUUCCCCUACACACACCUCUACACAGCCCCAUGCCAAGCUGAAGUGCAGAGGGACGGUGGUGUUUGACCAGCCCAACAGGAAGUUGUCACCAGCGUUCCAGCAGGCCCUGUUGUCCUUUUGUAAGAUGUCAGCUGACAGUCGUCUGGGGGCAGAGGUGUCGAGGAUAGCAGACAAUGAGGAGAGUGUGAUGCUGAUGUUGGGUCGCUGUCUCCCUCACAUCGUCCCCAAUGUCCUCCUGGCCAAACGAGAGGAGUUGAUUCCUCUCAUCCUGUGUACAGCAUGUCUCCACCCGGAGCCUAAAGAGAGAGACCAGCUCCUUCACAUCCUCUUCAACCUCAUCAAGAGACCUGACGACGAACAGAGGCGUAUGAUCCUAACAGGUUGUGUGGCGUUUGCCAGACAUGUUGGUCCUACCAGAGUUGAGGCUGAACUCCUACCACAAUGCUGGGAACAGAUCAACCAUAAGUAUUCAGAGAGGAGGUUGUUGGUAGCAGAGGCCUGUGGAGCCUUAGCACCUUACCUUCCUAAGGAGAUGCGUAGUUCGCUGGUGUUGUCCAUGCUGCAGCAGAUGCUGGCUGAAGACAAGGCAGACAUGGUCAGAGAGGCCGUGGUCAAAAGCCUCGCUAUCAUCAUGGGAUACAUCGACGACCCCGACAAGUACUCCCAGGGUUUUGAGUUGAUGUUGUUGUCCCUCGGUGACCCAUCGGAGAGGGUGGUCAGUGCUAUCCACCAGGUGUUCAUCCCAGCAUUCGCUGCCUGGACCACAGAGCUGGGAAUCCUCCAGACCACUCUCAUCCCCUCUCUGCUGGCCCGCAUAGAGAAACUUCUCAAGCAGGGUGAACAUGGUCUUGAUGAACACAAGCUCCACAUGUUCCUGUCGGCCCUCCAGUCUCUCAUCCCUCCUCUGUUUUCUGUGGUGCUCCAGAACGCUCCCUUCACACACAGGCUCACCCUGCAGGGAGACAUCCCCCCCAUAGAGGUGACGCGGUUCCCUCGGCCAGCGUCUCCUCUUCAGGAUGUAGCGACUGUCGUGGGCAGCCGGGAGAUGCUGAGCGGCCUCCUCAUCCUCUAUGUUUACCAGCUAGAACAUGAGGGCACUACGGGCUGGGACAGUCUGCUGUGGGUGGUCAAUCAACUGCUUCCCCAGCUGAUAGAGAUAGUAGGUGGUAUUUCUGUAACCUCCACUACGUGUGUCCAUGAGUUCUCACGCUUCUUCUGGAGACUCUGCCGCACGUUUGGCAAGAUCUUCACGAACACGAAGGUAAAACCACAGUUCCAGGAGAUCCUACUGCUCUCUGAAGAGAAUGUGGAUGCUUUAACCGGGAAUGCUAUUCUGACCAAGGCUACAGUUCCAGUCUAUGCUUCAGGUGUACUGACAUGCUACAAUCAGGAUGAGGAUCGUAAGCUGCUGGUUGGUUUUCUAGAGGACGUCAUGACAACCCUGUCUCUCUCCCACGCCCCUCUGGACAGCCUCAAAGCCUCCUUCAUAGAGCUGGGAGCUAACCCAGUGUACCAUGACAUGUUACUGACAGUACUGUGGUAUGGUGUGGUCCACACCUCCUCUCUCCAUCUCUCUCUCAGAGCUAACCCAGUCUACCAUGACAUGUUACUGACAGUACUGUGGUAUGGUGUGGUCCACACCUCCUCUCUCCAUCUCUCUCUCAGAGCUAACCCAGUCUACCAUGACAUGUUACUGACAGUACUGUGGUAUGGUGUGGUUCACACCUCCUCUCUCCAUCUCUCUCUCAGAGCUAACCCAGUCUACCAUGACAUGUUACUGACAGUACUGUGGUAUGGUGUGGUCCACACCUCCUCUCUCCAUCUCUCUCUCAGAGCUAACCCAGUCUACCAUGACAUGUUACUGACAGUACUGUGGUAUGGUGUGGUCCACACCUCCUCUCUCCAUCUCUCUCUCAGAGCUAACCCAGUCUACCAUGACAUGUUACUGACAGUAUUGUGGUAUGGUGUGGUCCACACCUCCUCUCUCCAUCUCUCUCUCAGAGCUAACCCAGUCUACCAUGACAUGUUACUGACAGUACUGUGGUAUGGUGUGGUCCACACCUCCUCUCUCCAUCUCUCUCUCAGAGCUAACCCAGUCUACCAUGACAUGUUACCGACAGUACUGUGGUAUGGUGUGGUCCACACCUCCUCUCUCCAUCUCUCUCUCAGAGCUAACCCAGUCUACCAUGACAUGUUACUGACAGUACUGUGGUAUGGUGUGGUCCACACCUCCUCUCUCCAUCUCUCUCUCAGAGCUAACCCAGUCUACCAUGACAUGUUACUGACAGUACUGUGGUAUGGUGUGGUCCACACCUCGGCUCUGGUCCGCUGCACCGCUGCAUGCAUGUUUGAGCUGCUGGUGAAGGGGGUGAAUGAGACACUGGUGGCUCAGAGGGUGGUGCCCGCUCUCAUCACUCUCUCCAGCGACCCUGAAAUGGAUAGAGACACUGAGGCAGUACAGCAUGAACCCAGUACAAAGUCAGUUAGGAUCUCUACUAUCCCUGCCUUUGGUACCAUCAUGGAGAUGGUCACACACAAAGAGCUAUUGGAGCGUGUGAAGAUGCAGCUGGCGUCGUUCCUGGAGGACCCACAGUACCAGGACCAACACUCUCUACACAUGGAGAUCAUCAGGACCUUUGGCCGGGUCGGACCCAACACUGAGCCACGCUUCAGAGACGAGUUUGUGCUCCCCCACCUCCACAAGCUGGCGUUGGAUAACAACGCCCAGAAUACAGAGAGGAAGAGGAUGGACAUCGCUACUCAGCUGUUUGAGGCCUACAGCGCUCUCUCCUGUUGCUUCAUCUCAGAGGAGCUUAUGGUGAAUCACUUCCUGCCUGGACUGAGGUGUCUGAGGGCGGACAUGGAACAGCUAUCUCCUGAACACGAGGUGAUCCUGAGCUCCAUGAUCAAGGAGGGGGAAACCAAGGUAGAGAACAGAGGGAUCGGACAGGCUGAGGGAUCUGUGUCCAUCGCUGCCAGUCUGGUUGGGGAAGACGCCAAGACCAAGUUCCUGAGUAAGAUGGGUCAGCUGACCACGUCCGGCGCCAUGCUGGCCAACGUUUUCCAGAGAAAGAAGUGAUCCUUCUUCCACCGCCGAACCUCCUAGCAGCAAGCACACUACAUAUCCCAUGAGCCUCCAUUGUCUGGGAGCGCCAGCCCAGGCUCCAACGAUGGGCCAGGUCAGGGUCUCUGCUCGAACGCCUUCUGAAUGCAUCCUUCACACCUGCCUGACUGGACAGGGGACAGCACUGAGCCCUAGGAAGGAAGGGUGCCCUUUUUUACAUAUUUGAUCAGGUCCAGGGUGUAUGUGAAUAGUCUGAAGUGGUUUCCUCUCCUCGUCUCAAGGAGAGAAAUUAAUUAUUAUACUAUUGAGAUGCAGCCACUAAGAUUUGGCCAACUGGGUUUGUUCUAGAAUUUUUACAGAUGCAAUGUUGUCACCAAAAGCUUUCUGAAUGUUCCAGUCCAGUUAGAAUUUUAGUGGCGUUCUUUUUCAGAAUGUGAUUGUUCCGGAACCUUUGUGUCAACAUGGAGAGGAGUAGCUCACUGACUGACGUCUGUAUGUUCAUGGCUCUGGCGAAUUGCCUACUUGAAGUCAAAAUCGCCUGCCUUUUAUUUCAUCACAUCUCGCGUUGUUUUGAUAUUUUAU